AUGGACCAAGGCAACACGACUCUCCUACCAACCACUGGGGCAAAUUCCACCCAGACCCCAGCAGCUGUGAGCGCUGCUCACCUGGCCACAGCCGUGUUGCUCUUCAUCACCUUCCUGGUGGGUGUGUUGGGGAACGGGUUGUACCUGUGGGUGCUGGGACUGAAGAUGAGGAGGACGGUGACCACGCUUUGGUUCCUUCACCUGGUCUCCUGCUACCUUCUCUUCACCCUGCUGAUCCCCUUCUUUGCCGUCUACGUCCUCCUGGGUUUCCACUGGGUCUUCGGCAUGGCCUUGUGCAAGUUCCUCAACACCUGCAUCUCUUUGGGCAUGUUCACCUCCGUCUUCCUUCUCACCCUCAUCAGCCUAGACCGCUACAUCCUCACUCACCAUCCCAUCUGGUGCCGGCAUCACCGCACCGUGCCCCGAGCUCAGAAGCUGGUGGUGGGUGUGUGGCUGGCCUCCUUUGCUCUCAGCGCUCCCUACCUGGCUUUCCGGGAGACCCAGGUGGUGGACGGGGGCAGAAUCAUCUGCAUCAACAAUUACACCCUCUCCACAGACUGGAACAGAACCGAAAUGCAGUACCUGGGGAGACGGGUCCACCAGGCUAUCUUCAUGGUCCGGUUCCUUUUGGGCUUCCUGCUGCCCUUCUGCACCAUCGUGGUAUGCUAUGGCAGGGUGGGGCUGAAGAUGAAGAAGAAGAAGCUUGCGUGGGCUAGGAAGCCCUUCAAAGUCAUGGUGGCUUCAAUGGUUUCCUUCUUUCUCAGCUGGCUGCCCUACCACCUCUACCAGAGCUUGAACUUCUACAAGAAGGAGGUGCCAGAGUCAGUGAUGGGUGCUCUUUUGGUCAUUUACACCUUCACGUCCUGCUUCAAUGCCUGCUUCACCCCCAUUCUCUACCUCUUUGUGGGCGAGAAGUUCUGGCAGGUCUUCAAGAUGUCUCUUCUCACUCUGGUCAAAGCAGCUUUUGUUGAUGAUCUCGGCAGCAGUGUCCCCGAGUAUAGUGGAAGACAUUGGUCUGAAGUUGAGAACACAAAACUGGAGAUGGUCUGAAGUUGUCCAGACUUAGG